GAAUCAUAUUCUGGAGCUCCAUCUAAGAAUCCCCAUGCCCAGAUUAGGGACUGCGAGCGACCACCCAGCGCCAGCGCGACCAGGACCAAGGACCUCCGCGGCUGAGCGGCGAGUCCGGGAGGAGCUCUGCGCGUCCCCGCCCCGCGCCGCGUCACCGACGUCCCGCUAGGCUGAGACCGGCGCGCGGCGCGCUAGUGGCCGCUCUUCCGCGGGCUAGCGGGCGGUGGGGGCGCCAGCAGCGCGGAAGGCGGGCACGCGGGCCAUGGCUCCCUGGGCGGAGACGGAGCACUCAGCGCUGAACCCGCUGCGCGCGGUGUGGCUCACGCUGACCGCCGCCUUCCUGCUGACCCUACUGCUGCAGCUCCUGCCGCCCGGCCUGCUCCCGGGCUGCGCGAUCUUCCAGGACCUGAUCCGCUAUGGGAAAACCAAGUGUGGGGAGCCGUCGCGCCCCGCCGCCUGCCGAGCCUUUGAUGUCCCCAAGAGAUAUUUUUCCCACUUUUAUAUCAUCUCAGUGCUGUGGAAUGGCUUCCUGCUUUGGUGCCUUACUCAAUCUUUGUUCCUGGGAGCACCUUUUCCAAGCUGGCUUCAUGGUUUGCUCAGAAUUCUCGGGGCGGCACAGUUCCAGGGAGGGGAGCUGGCACUGUCUGCAUUCUUAGUGCUAGUAUUUCUGUGGCUGCACAGCUUACGAAGACUCUUCGAGUGCCUCUACGUCAGUGUCUUCUCCAAUGUCAUGAUUCACGUCGUGCAGUACUGUUUUGGACUUGUCUAUUAUGUCCUUGUUGGCCUAACUGUGCUGAGCCAAGUGCCAAUGGAUGGCAGGAAUGCCUACAUAACAGGGAAAAAUCUAUUGAUGCAAGCACGGUGGUUCCAUAUUCUUGGGAUGAUGAUGUUCAUCUGGUCAUCUGCCCAUCAGUAUAAGUGCCAUGUUAUUCUCGGCAAUCUCAGGAAAAAUAAAGCAGGAGUGGUCAUUCACUGUAACCACAGGAUCCCAUUUGGAGACUGGUUUGAAUAUGUUUCUUCCCCUAACUACUUAGCAGAGCUGAUGAUCUACAUUUCCAUGGCCGUCACCUUUGGGUUCCACAACUUAACUUGGUGGCUAGUGGUGACAAAUGUCUUCUUUAAUCAGGCCCUGUCUGCCUUUCUCAGCCACCAAUUCUACAAAAGCAAAUUUGUCUCUUACCCGAAGCAUAGGAAAGCUUUCCUACCAUUUUUGUUUUAAGUUAACCUCAGUCAUGAAGAAUGCAAACCAGGUGAUGGUUUCAAUGCCUAAGGACAGUGAAGUCUGGAGCCCAAAGUACAGUUUCAGCAAAGCUGUUUGAAACUCUCCGUUCCAUUUCUAUACCCCACAAGUUUUCACUGAAUGAGCAUGGCAGUGCCACUCAAGAAAAUGAAUCUCCAAAGUAUCUUCAAAGAAUAAAUACUAAUGGCAGAUCUGCGAUUUCUGGGUCCACUUUCUGAGAUGCUUUAUAAAACCAACCAACUGAUAAAAAGUAGAUGAGACUUCUCCAAGCUGCUUCACAAGCAAACUAACCGAAAAUAUACAAACAGCUUCACACACACACACACACACACACACACACACACACACACAAAGGAAGAUCAUCAAUGGCUGCGGUAGCCUAGUAGGAAUGGACUAUAUAAUAAUAUAGCAGGUGCUCAAUAACUGUUUGUUGCAUUUCAGUAAAAGCAGAAUAACCUUUCAAAAUAAUAACAGGCUGGGUGCAAUGGCUCACACCUGUAAUCCCAGCACUUUGGGAGGCCAAGGUGGGCAGAUCGCUUGGGCCCAAGAGUUCGAGACCAGCCUGGGCAACAUGGUGAAACCCUAUCUCCAUGAAAAAAUAUGAAAAUUAGCCAAGAGUGGUGGCACAUGCCUGUAGUCCCAGAUACUUGGGAGUGGGCUGAGAUUGGAGAAUCGCUUGAGCCCAGGAGGUCAAGGGUAUAGUGAGCCGAGGUCAUGCCACUGCACUCCAGCCUGGCCUGGGCAACAGAACAAGACCCUGUCUCAAAAUAAUAAUAAUAUAUAAUUUUACACCAAAAGUUUCAGGAAAAAACGAGUUUGUUGGAGUUAGUUUAUACUUUCACAUAUUACCACAAAGAUCUCCAGUUAAAUAACUAUCAAUAGCCAUUUCCAUUCAUCUCCCCCUCAAAUCAUAGCCUAACAGAACACUUUGAAAGCUCUUUUAUUUAAUAUUUUUUACAUCCUUUGAAGGGAGUGCUUCAAAACUGAAAGCAUCAGAAGAUAAAAUAUUUUUAUAUUUAUGCAUAGCAAGCCUUCAUGAACGGAAGUGACACACUCUGGAUUGAAUAAUACUGUAGCCUCAUUCAUAUGUAGUUAUUCAAAUUGGAUUAAUGUCUGUGUGAGUUUAUUUGAACUAGCAGAAAGUAUCUGAAGAUAUUCAGGAAUAAAGUUUAUACUUAAAAUAGCUUAUGUUAAAGAAAA